AUGGCUGCUCUCCUCAUGUCGGUGUUUGACGUCGUUCGCUUCGUCUCUGGCUUCUCCGCCAAGAACGCGAGCAUUGACGAGUACAAUUGGAGCUACAUUGAGCGACCUGGUAAAGACGAGGCACACACGGACGUUGUCGUGUUCCUCCAUGGGUUCAGUUCCGUGAAAGAGUCGUGGGUUCGAGUCGCCCGUGGCAUUGACAAACGCUACAAGAUCGUUAUCCCAGAUCUGCCGGGUCAAGGCCGCACGACGCCCAUUGACGCACUGACCAACUACUCGAUGCCUCACCAGGCCAAGAGGCUGCACGAGUUCUUGGACAAGCAAGUGUCUACUGACAAAAAGAUCCAUCUCGUGGGGUGUUCGAUGGGAGGUAUGCUUGCUGGAGUCUACGCGGCACUGUACCCUGACCGAGUCAAGUCCCUGACAAUGGUGUGCCCAGCUGGCAUUUCUAUGCCAAAGAAGAGCACGCUAUUGGACAUGCUCGAGAACUCGGGACGCAACCUCUUGCUCGCACAUACUCCUGAGGACAUGGACGAGAUGAAUCAACAUCUUAGCUACGAGCCUCGUAAGAUCCCUCACAUCCUAUUGAAACUCAUUGCUUCGGAACGGAAGAAACAGCUGCCAGUCUUGGAGAAAAUCGUCGGCGACUCGCUGCAGGACCCGACCGUGUUGGAAGCUCUGUUGCCAAACAUUCGGGCUAGGACGCUGAUCAUGUGGGGGAAGCACGACCAUGUGCUGGACGUCUCAUCCGUGGACGUGCUCAAGAGCAAACUCACGCCAGACGUGCAAAGCCAAGUGCUGCUUUUCGACGACUGCGGCCAUAUUCUGCAACACGAGAAGCAUUCCGAGUGCACUAUUGCGAUCAACAAAUUUCUUGCGGGUGAAACGCUAUCCAUGGAGACCCUCGUGUAA